UUCCUAAGUCAAAGUCUUCCUCUCUUUUAAAAGUUAAGCCCCAUUUAUUGACUAAUGAGUAAACUCUAUUGACAAGUCGUUCUUAGCUUAGCCUUAUUUACAAAUUUGAUCUCUCUUGUUCAUUGUAAUUGUCACAUUAAUUAAUUCUCAAAGCAAAUAUGAGUAAUCGUAUCAUCAAUUCCUUCUUCAUAUUUUUCUAUGUUAUGACUUCUCAUCUCUUCUCAACACAAGCAAGCUCAACAAUCGACAUACAUAACAAUUGUCCCUUCACGGUAUGGGCAGCAGCCGUCCCCCACAGCCGUGGGGGACGACAACUCGAGUACGGUGAAACAUGGAUAAUCGAGGUAAACACAACUAAAAGUGGUCGUAUUUGGGGCCGAACCAAUUGCAAUUUCAACACAUUAGGCCGUGGUCAAUGUCAAACGGGGGAUUGCAAUGGACUACUCGAAUGUCAAACUUUUAGUAGUACACCCCCAAACACUUUGGCUGAAUACGCUUUAAACCAAAACAGCAAUAAUGAUUUCUUCGACAUAGCUCUUGUUGAGGGUUUCAACAUUCCAAUGGAAUUUAGUCCUGUGUCCGCGGAUGAGUGCUCUGUCAGGAUCAGCUGCACCGCGGACAUAAUAGGACAAUGUCCGAACGAAUUAAGGACUCCUGGAGGAUGCAACAGUCCUUGUACUGUUUUCAAGACGAACGAAUAUUGUUGCACGUCUGGAAAUUGUGGUCCGACCAACUAUUCGAGGUUCUUUAAGGAUAAAUGUUCAACUUCUUACAGUUAUCUAGAUGAUUCAAGUAGUACCUUCUUUUGUCCUAGUGGAAGUGGAACUAACUAUAGAGUGGUAUUUUGUCCAUAAAUUUAUAAAUGUAUGAAACAUAUUUUCUUUAAUUGUUGCUUCUAAAUUAGGAUGUUUGAAAUUUCUAUGUAAGUUUGGUUUACAUCAUUAUCACUAUCUAUUGAGCUAAAAAUUCAUUGAGAA